GAUGGAGAAGAAAGGGGUGGGCUUUAAAAUAAUGCUGGUGCUGUGCUGUGAUUUUUAUAAAAAAAUAAAAAUAAAAAGAAAGAGAGUGAAAGAGAUAGAAAAAAAAAAAGAGAAGGAACGAACGGACGAACGAACGAAAAAGUCAGAGGCCCGAGUACAUAAAAGAAUCGCUCUAUAUCGUCUCUUUUAGUGAUCUUAAAAAGGGACAUUUUUAUGAAAAUGUGCAGAUAGCCUAAGUACCUGGACCCUGCCCUACGUUCUUCGCCAGACUAUAAACGGAGAUAAAAAAAAAAAAGGAAGACAAAAUUACGUUCUUACCGAUUGUAUAGGCUGUAUAAUGUAUUUGCUUUGAAACAAAUUUAAUAUAGAUUGUUAAUCGCUAAUUAUGAGAGAGAAAGAGAAGAAAAAUGGGGGAGGAAAAAAAAGAAAAGAGGAAUAUGGUGGAGAAAAGAAGGAAGAAGAAGAAGAAGAAGAUAAAAGGAGCUGUCUCCAAUCGUAUAAUAACGUUUCCUUUCGUGAAUUUUACCCGACAACAACAACAACAACAACAACAAGAACAACACAGCCCUCGCAAAUAAAAAGCCUUAAUGUACCUAACGCAUUUGCAAUCGCAUAUACGUUACCAGAAGGUGGGAUAGAAAUUUAAUCGCACUAUAACGACGACGACGACGACGAUGACGACGUAUUCAGGGUCGCCCACGCACAGACAGGUCGUCCUCGCCCCCGCGCCCCCCUUUACCACCCUAAUGUCUAAUAGAAAACGAAUGUAAUUAGCAAUUGGAGACAAUCUCCGGACUAAAGAUAUAAUCUAGCAAGUACUAUUUGCCACGACGUAGCAUAAUUACACAUUAAAAAAGAAAUCAUCGAGUGGGAGCUGAAUUAAAAGAGAAACAAAGAAAAGAAGAAUAUUAAAACAAAAACAAAAAUAUAUAUAUGGACUGAGACAACACGACACAAUUAACAAAAAGGACCUGUAUUCCUCUCGUCUCCUUUUUUUUAGAAUGAUAAAAAUAGUGAGUCGUUACGCGCUUUAUAUAUAUUAUACAUCUCGAAUAUAUGAAUAUACGAAUAACAUAAAAACGUACAGAAGCAAAUACAGAAAUGCAGGCAUCUUGUCGUUAAAUUGUAAGAUAUUGUGUUCAAACUCCAGAAUGUACUCUGAUUCCCUUCCCCAGACUACUAUAUAUUAAAUAUAUUGUGCACUAUGCUCCAACUUGUCCAUACAAAUAAAUAUAUGAAAAAAUCUCAAUAAUGUUUUUAUUACCGGGCGUGGCAGAUUUCAAUGUACGAUAUAUAGCAUCUUCUUUGAUAAAUUUAUAGUUAAAGUAUUUCAAAACAAUUAUGACAUUAGACAAACGUUAUUGCAUUUCUUUAAGGCAUAUGAUUGCCAAACUUGAUUCGUAUUACACAUUGCAAGCGCGGGCUUUUGACUCACGUGAUCUGUACGACGCAUGCGCAUUGUUCGAAUCGAUUUUUUAUAGUCGUCUAAAAGUACCUAACAAAAGCAUUAUAAUAAUAUUCGAGGUUAUACAAGCAUUUUAAAGAGGCUUAUAAGUAACAUCGACGACGUUAAUAAAGCGUGAAUAUUUAAAAAAAAAAAAAGAAAAAAAAGUGCAGAACAUCAAUUCUAAAAUAUGGAUGUAAUUGAGUAUAAAUUAACCUCAAAGAAUCCAGUUUUAAUAUCGCAUGCAGUAUCUAGACUUUAUGAAAUAAUCAAAGAGAAGUACAAAAAUGGAACAUCCAAAGAUGUUACAAAGAUACCAGAAUAUAAAUUGCUUAUAUCAAAAUUUGAAAGCAAAGAUAAAAUAGUUACUACAUCUAUAUGUCAAGUAUUAGUUAAACUCGUAGAAAAUGAAAUAAUAUCUGUUACUACGGCUCUGUGUACUUUAAUAUCUUAUGUUUCUUCUACUAACAAUUAUGUUGCAAUUACCGUAAGCAUGAGUCAUUUAAUAAUAUUGGAUUUUAAACUUCAUGCUACUGAAGAUAACUAUUUAUAUACAUUGACAAUGCCUCAAUUUCCUUUUAUUACAAUUUUGAAAGAAGAAAAAAAUUCUUGGCGCACUGUAUUAGAUCAAAUGCAUUUUAUAAUGAACUAUCCUGAUGAACAGAUAAAGGAGAAUAGUAUAAAAAUUUUGAGGCCAGUCUUUAUAUUUAUUUUAUGCAAUCCUUCUUCAGCUUUAUCAGAUGGUUGUAAAGAAAAAGCUUGGCAAUUACUUAAAUCUAGUAAUGCUUUAGAAUUACAAAUUGAAAUUCUAUUAUGGCUUCGUACAAAUGAUGUAGAUACUUGCUUGGAAACAUAUUAUAAAAUCUUUGGAUUUACAAUGGUAUCAUUAUCCAAAAAUGACAAAGAUAUUUGCAUAGCCUUACUCCCAUUAUUAUCGUCUGUUUGUAUAUCUUUUCUUGAACAUGGCUUUGAUCCUGUAGUAAAUCUAGAUACAAUAUCUACUAUUAUAAAUAAAUAUGAUAAUUUAUCAGGAAAUAUUUUAUUAGCAUUAAUGUCUGAAAUGAUUGUGAUAUGUCCUGGAUAUUAUUUAUUCAAUGUUCUACAACUAUGUGAGCUUGUAUUGAAUAAAAUGUCAUGCAACAUAACAUUGAUAAAUGUGCUAAUAGCAUCUAUACUAAAGUGGAUGCCUUAUCCUUCUGUGUUGUGUGCUGAAGCUUUAGCUAUAGCUAAUGCUCUGAUAAACAAAGCUGUUACUGAAGUAAAAUGGACAAAAGAAGUCAACAAUCCCUUUUCAAAAGAAAUAUUUGCAAAAUUAAUUCAUUUUGAUCCGCAUAUUCAAUUUUACACAGAAAGUAUAGAUGUUUUAAAUACAAUAACAGAAAGUAAUAUUUUAUCAUGGUUGAAAACAUUAUCAAAAAGUCCAAUUGAUUUACGUUAUAAAUACAGAUUAAUUCUCUCUGGUUUGUUUUUACAAAGUGAGGAUGUCAUUCUAACAAAAGCCAUUUGUGAUAUACUUAUGCAAAUUACUAAAGAAGUAAUCGUUUUUGCAUCUCACAUGUUACCAUUAAUCAUGCAUAAGUUAUCAAAAUCUCGUGAUCCUGAUGAAUUGAAAUACUUGCUUCUUACAUUACCCGAAUUAGUAAUAAUAAAAGAAAAUGUACCAAUUGUAAACAGAACAUUGCAAACAUUAUUCCGCAGUGAAGGACCAUUAAAAUAUUUCGCUCUCGAACUCUAUUUGAUGAUGAACGAUAGAGAUCCGCGUUGCUAUCGGUAUCUUUCAUCUGCACUUAUGGAAACAUCACAAAAUGAUAAAUCAUGGUAUGCUGAUGUAACUUGUGCUAAAGUAAUCAAGCACAUUUGCGAAGAACGUCCGGAAUGUGCCGAAGAACUUGCCCCACUUAUUUCACAAAUAUUAAAUAAGUGUGGAGAUACAAAUGGCAGUGCUGCAACAGCACUUGCACUUAAGAGUAUUUCUGCUCUUUGUAGGUCUUCUGUUAUUAGUAUUGCCUCAGUUUGGAAAGUGUUAGCACCAAAAAUGAAGAAAGAAAAACGUACAAUUGUUAUGAAAACUUUAUGUGAAUUCUUUGGAGAUAUUCCAUUCUUUUUAAAUAAGAACAGCAUCGCAUAUGACACCUUGAUCACCGAUGUAUUAGAAAUAUUAUGGUCAUAUGUUAUACAAAAUAAUCCAGAGAUAAGUGAGGCUGCACUUAAAGCAAUUGCUAUGUAUCGUUUAGAAGACAUUCCAUUAAAAAUGUUACCGGAUGAUUUUCAAUACAGUACUACAACAUCACAAUUAGAUACAUCAGCUUCAAGUAAUACAAAACCAGUAAAUAUAUCACCAGCUGUAUUAAACACAUGCUGGAUCAAAAUGUUAGAGAAAGUCAAUAAAAUGGUUUUAAAUGCAGCUGGUAAUGUUUUAAUUUCAUUUAUUACGAAUGAAGUUAAAAAUUUUCGAUCUGGCAUAUAUAACUGGCCACAUGGAGAGCCAAAUAACUUCAAAUAUUUACCAGAAAGAAGUAUUAUAAGAGUAGUUGGUGAACAUAUGAGACGUAUAGAUGGGACUAAACCUUUCAACGAAAAUGUCGCUAUAGAAUGUUUACGGAUAUUUGCAUUUAAAUAUCCAAAACCUUUGCCUAAUAUAAAUUGGAAUUUCUUACAUAAGACUAGUGAAAUAUCUCAUAAAGCUAAAGAAUAUAGUCUUACUAUUGCAUGUCAUCAUUCAGUCAUAUCAUCAUCCGCAAGAAACUUUGUUGAACAUUAUUUAUCAAUGUUCGAAAGUGAUAAAAAUAUAAAAGAUUUAUUAGAAAGUAAAGAACAUGAAAUAUUGUAUUCAAAUUUAGAAAUUCUCUGUGAAGCUAUGCAAAUACAAAAAAUAAAACCAUUUUUAGAUAUGACAUUAUCAUAUGCUGUAAUAAAUUUAUUCAGUGAUGAUGGCACAAAUGUAAUUUUAUUUAAAAAUAUUAUGCAUUCCUAUGCUAGAGCUUUAAAAAAUGAAACAAUAAAUGAUGCUAUUCGUACAUUGCUCUCUACUACUUUAAGCAAUCUUUUAGAUGAAAUAGACUUAACACAAGAUUAUUAUAAACCAUAUAUUUCUGCAAUAUUAGCGUUACCAGUUGAAUACAUAGAGAGAAUGACAUCGCCUGAUGUAUGGUGGGAGACACCCUUAAAAAAAUUAAAAAAUGCUGUAAUUAUAAGAGCAGAAUUAGCUAUAAAUAACGACAUUGAGAUGCCCUUGAAUUGUAUGAAUGAAUUAAUUGAUCUAGUCUCAGCUCUACCCAGUGUACAAUUAUAUUUGUUACAAGAAGUUCAAAGAGUGCAAACUGAAGUGAAAUUUAAAAUGUAUACAUCAGAUUGGGUUAUAGAUUUUUUAAAUCGUGUUCAAGUAAUUAUACCAGAAAUAUCUGAAGAAGAUCAACGUAUUUUAUUUUACUGUGAUGUUUUUUUCGUCUCUAUUAUUUGUUUCUCUGGAAUGGAUUGCAUAAUAAUGGAUACAUAUUCCAUUAUAUCCUCACAACAUGUCAGAGCAAGAUUAUUUCCAAAGGCUAUGGCUAUGCUUGCUGAUAUACAAUAUUGGAAAGAUAAUAUAAUCCCUCAGGUAAUGGAGUGGUUACACCUAAUGAGAACAAGUCCCUUACCAGAACUGUAUAAAUCUGCAUUUCAUAAUUCAUUAAUUUCCUUAAAACAUCAUCCACAUUAUAAUAAGAAUUGGUUUACCUAUUUAUCAUCGAUUUAAGAAUAUAUAUGAAUGUAAAUGUACAAUGUGUAAAUAUACAAUAAUACAAUUUA